GAGAGAGAGAGAGAGGUCUGGACACUCCCAGAAAGAGUCAGGCUUAGAGGCGCAGCAGCCACUUCUCUCCGGAGCGGAAACUCACUCACAUCAGCAUCUUCGCUGCAGGUCCAGGUCCGCAGCUCAGAGACGCGCCAGGAUGUUCUACUUCCACUGUCCACCUCAGCUGGACGGAGAGUGCUGCCGCUCCAACACACUGAAUUCCAGCGGCUUUGCCAAUCACGCCCCGGCUGAUUUUGAUGACGGCUUCCUACGUAGAAAACAGCGCAGAAACAGAACAACGUUUACUUUGCAACAGCUCGAGGCGCUGGAGGCGGUCUUUGCCCAGACGCACUACCCGGACGUGUUCACGCGCGAGGAGCUCGCCAUGAAGAUCAACCUGACGGAGGCCCGGGUGCAGGUUUGGUUCCAGAAUCGCAGGGCAAAGUGGCGAAAGACGGAGCGAGGGAGCACGGACCCUGAAGGAGGAAAGGAGCAGAUGAGCGAGGGGACUCCUCCAUCCCGCAGCAUCAACUCUCAGUCCCCAGUGGACCAGAGCAGGAAACCAAAAGAACCGCUGGAGAUGCAGCCGAGUAUCAACAGGUCAGUGGGUCCUGGUGGGCCGUUCUUCCCAUCCUGUCUACCAGGCACGCUCCUCAACUCUGCCACCUACGCUCAGGCCCUGUCACAGGUCGCCACCCUGAAAGGUAACGGUCUGUGCUCCUGUUGUGUCUCCGACCCCAUGGGCUUGUCCUUCCUGCCGCCCUACGGUUGCCAGGGAAACCGCACGGCCAGCGUGGCCGCCCUGCGCAUGAAGGCCCGCGAGCAUUCGGAGGCCGUGCUGCAGUCCGCCAACCUGCUCAGCGCGGCGACGGCGCCCGGCGCCGGCGUCGGGGUCCUGUCCGGGGUCGGCGUGGGCGCGGCCGGGGUCGCGAGGCCCUCGGUGGGUCCCGCCAUCGAGGGGCCCGGCGCCAUCGGAAGAGGGGGCGACGGCUCCAGCCCCGGCCCGGCCAAGGUCCCGGUGCUGGGCGGCAGCUCUGACAAACACGCCCACUGCUCCAAGGAACCGCUGGAGAAGAAGUGAGGCGCUGGACACAAACGUGGAUGUACCGACGCUCUAAAUCUGUGUGAUCGUGCCUGUUGUUACUGCGCUACCGUGGUCCCAUGAGCAACCAAGCACAACUGACUGGGAGAGACUCUGCUGAUUUCACAAUGUGUGGAUGCGAACACUCAAAUAUUGUUUGACACUACACUUUCAUGUUUAAUAGAAUUACUGAAAAUCUGGGGCCUUGUAGCCCCAUAAAAGCACAAGUGUGAUUUUGGAUCAAUAUCUGUCUUCAUGAACUCUUGGACUCUGUUUGAUGGACUACAUGUGAGCAAAAAGGUGAUUUGUUCCAUCUUCUUUUCAUAAGGAGGACAGACGCUUACCUUGUGAAUGUUAAUGCAUGUGAACUGUAGAAGUACAGAUGCGAUGGCGGGACCGUGAGGGUUUUGUAUUCUGGCAAUAUAAUAUUCCUGCCGUCAGGUCAGCAACGGGCUCAGACUCUGUCCCCGCGCUGGUUUGAUUUUAAAGUGGAAGCGCACUUUAAUAUUUAUCAGACGUUUGCUGUGUAAAUGUGUACCUGUGCCAGACAAUAACAGUGCGGCUCGGUGACGGAGCGGCGCGUGUUAGCACAUCCGUGGCGCUGGCAGACAGGGAACACACCAGUCCUGUUGUGACAUGUUCUUUAAAACAAUUAAAGAUGUAGCCGCUCAUGUUCCUCUCCUGUUGCCUCUCUCUCCAGCCAUCUGUUCUGAUACAUUAUUUAUCAGCUUCCCCUGAAGCCGGGAGAGGAGAGCAAUCCUGACGCUUAUUAUUUAUUUACUUUUAGAAUCGCCCGGCCUCUCUGCUCCUCCCCGAGCCGCCUCAUAAACCUCGUUACACCUGAUAUAUGCUAUUUAUUAAUGUUGAAUUUGCAUUUCAAGAGCGUCGCCUCUCAUCUCGUCGCGGCCUUCGACGGCGUAGUUCUCAUCGCGGGCCUUCGCGCAUUUGUCGAUUCAUUAUCCCUAAACGUCCCCCCCUCACCGGAGUGACUCCUGAGUGAAGGAUCAGCUGAUCCGUCGGAGGAUACUCACCCACAGCGAGCACAAGCAGUAGUUGGGCUGAUUCAAUUUGCGUCCUUGAGGAUUUUCAGGAAAUUACUUUUGAUAUUCAAUAACACAAUUAAGUAAACUACACACACAUUAUCAUGAAUAAUUGAUAAGAAAUUAUGUAUUACCAUGAAGUACUGGUUCAAUAAUUGAUGAGGCGACACCCUGGUGACAUGGAAGGGGAGAUAAUGUCAGAAGUUGUGCCAGGUUGUGUAUAGAGCACUAAGCACUCACGUCGUCUCUUUCACACCGUCGUGAGAGUUUGUUGUAAAUAUGCGACAAAUAUUCCAAUAAAGUGAUACUUUUCAAA